CGCUACACGGCAGAGCAGUGUACACGAACAGAAGAUGUCAAAGUGAGAUCCAACUUCUUUUUUUGUUACGUUCCGUUUGUUUGCAUCGAAAAGAGAAAUCUAAUCUCGGGGGAACAAUUAUUUCGCGUCAACGUUUGCCAAGAUUCCGCAACACAUAAGCCAACAUGGCAGGUUCCGCCUUAAGGCGUUUAAUGGCCGAGUACAGACAACUCACCCUAAAUCCUCCGGAAGGUAUCAUCGCUGGUCCGAUCAGUGAGGAAAACUUUUUCGAAUGGGAAGCGCUAAUUACCGGCCCGGAAGGUACCUGCUUUGAGGGUGGAAUUUUCACAGCCAAACUGGUGUUUCCACCCGAUUAUCCGCUCAGUCCACCGAAGAUGAAGUUUACGUGUGAAAUGUUCCACCCAAACAUUUUUACUGAUGGCCGUGUUUGCAUAUCGAUCCUACAUGCACCGGGAGAUGAUCCGCUAGGUUAUGAACUAUCAGCCGAGCGCUGGAGUCCUGUACAGAGUGUGGAAAAGAUUUUACUAAGUGUUGUUAGUAUGUUGGCUGAGCCAAAUGACGAGUCCGGCGCUAAUGUGGACGCAGCGAUAAUGUGGCGCGAAAACAGGGAAGAGUUUAACAAAAUUGCCAGACGCAUCGUGCGCAAAACGUUGGGCCUUUCAUCGUAAGCUUCCCUAUUUCAUACCUGCCAACCG